AAACGUCGCUCAGCACAAAGAAGCUGUUCCAUCAUCUCUAUCCACGCGAGCAGCUUCUAGUUCUAGAACGCCACUGUUCUGUUUGUCGGUCAAAGUUGAUUCCCAGCUUCGCUAUGGCGACGGAAAAAGCUCCCGAAGGACAAAGGAAACGGGCUUUAGAGGCGUUAGAGCGGAGGUUUGCUCAAGCGGAAGCCGACGGUCUCCGUCAACAGGAUCUCCAGACCAAGAAGCGAAGAACUAAUACCAGCACCACUCCUCAUGGAAAUCAAUCUCCUUCUAAGAUUGAUGAUGAACCACUUUCCUCCCAUCCCUUGAUUUCGAAUGCAACACCUAAGAAAGGCAAGAUUUCAUUUUUAGGUCAUUCCUCAUCACAAGAUGUAGAACUACAGCACCCAGCAUACUUUCAACUCUCUCAUACUGUUGAUGGGAAUCUUCUGUCAACUGUUGGAGAGGUUGCUAAUGGUAGAAGUACUGUUGAUUAUGUACUGCAUGAGCUUCUUCAACAUGGUGAUUCAGCACAGAAGUAUUUGCAGGGUUCCAAAAGUGUGAAAGUAGACAACUAUAUUCUUCUAGAUAAUGUUGUCCAAAAAAGUAGCAUGUCUAACAAUGCUUCCUUACGGGCUUUAAAGAAGCUGUCAAAACGGUCCAAAAGCCGCAUGUCACUAAAGCAACAUAAAAAAUGUAAAUCAUUCGAUUUGCCUCCAGAGUUUCAUAAGUAUGAGAUCUACAAGCAAAUGCAUGAAAUGUGGAAGUGCUACAUAAAUAAACUUAUAAAAUGUGCAGGGACAAAUCAAUUGGCACAAUAUCUCCUAAAUGCAGACUUGCAUGGCGCACUUAUUCUAGUUGCUGCUUGCAAGCUAGAUGGGUAUACUGGACUGCAUGGUAUCAUGAUCCGUGAAACUGUAGAAACAUUUGGAAUAAUUACAGAAGACAAUAUAUUCAAAGUUGUGCCCAAGAAACUCUCUGUUUUUAUGCUACAAGUGGAUUCGUGGAAGGUUACCAUACUUGGCGACAAACUCGCCUCAAGAAACAUGAUGCGAUGAUUUUAUUAUUAAAAACCUGUCAGCAUUUACAUGCAAAGCAGAGAUCUGGAAAAGAUAAACUAUGAACUCAUUUGUAAUGAGCAACCCGGCCAGCAAUAACUCUGCACACCACGAUGGCUGCCCUGGUGGGUUCACGGCUGCAUUUCUCAACUCUUCUAUGCGCUCUCCAACUAGUCUUAGAAAGCGUUAUCGAUGACCCCUCCAUUGUUGCUACAUCAUCACUCUUAUAAUUACGGCCUGUGAUGAUUCUACAACCCCCACAACUCCUCCUCUUACAGGUCUUCAAGAAUUGAUCUAACCCUAAUGAGCAAGUGAUGGCAGUGCCUCUGAACCUCAAAACCUCAUGCCCAUCGUCUCCCACUCCACUCUCCGUUCUCUUUGACUUCACCAUCGUUCUAUACUCUUCAAACCUCUUGUAAACUUCUUCACUUUGAUUCACUCUAAAAACCUUUUGGAUUUUGUACCCAACACUAUUCUUCCACCCUGCCUGAAAAACUGCCUCCACAACGCUCAAUGUGGGAUCCCCUCCGGUGAGCUCUUCUAAUAGUUGAAUCUCUUUGUUCCUUGGAAAAGAAAGAACCCGUUUAGUAUGGGAAUCUAAACACUCUUGGGGUUUAGGGUUCUGAUUGUUCUUUGGAGGAGGAGGCUUGUGCAUUUCUCUUUUAGGAGAAACGACACUUGGCUUUGGCUUUGGUUUGAAACAUCUAAUGGUUGAACUCGGGUGGCAAAGUAGCAGUGCUAAAGAAGUCAUUAUGAGACAUUUCUCAGACAUUGCGCUUCUACUCCCUCUACAUUUGGAUUGAAGGCCAGUUAUGACGAAUGUGUAUGUGCAAUAAUAAUAAUAAUAAUAUAUACAUGUGGAUAAAGUGUGAUCAGGAUCUAAUGUAAUCAAAGGUAAUAAACCGUAAUAUAUGUAUUCAUUAAUG